GAGAUUGAGGAUCAAGAUGAGUUGGAUAAGAGGAUCAAGAGACGCCAGAGAAAUAAGGAGGCUGCAGCGCGAUGCCGUCAACGACGUCUCGACCUGAUGACGAACCUUCAAGAGCAAGUUGACAAGUUCAAAGCCGAGAAUGAGAAGAAGGAAUUGGAAAUUCGUGCCAUGAAAUCGCAGAUGGAGCAAAUGCACAGCUUUUUGCGUUCGCACGAUUGUAAAAUGAGUGUGGAAGAGCGUGAAGGGCUUUUGAACAUGCCAUCUCUCAGAUCGACAAUGCCGCCGAUUAUGAAUGGAAUCACUUCAAACCCCCAUCCCAUCACCGACUAUCGAAGCAACAUCGCAGGUGAACGAAAACGAGUACUGCCGGCUCCGCAGCUGCCAGCACAUUCCGACGCCAAUUUCCUUGAGCCGGAUAUGAAGGUCAGGUGCUAA